AGGAAGACCAACUACGCAAAGUUAAAGCUCUGUGUAAAAAGAGAAACCACACCAUCAAUAGUAUCACGAACCUAUCUGAUGAGGGAGUGGUAAGGAACCUUUUUAAGGACAUGCCGUCAGUGACGGCUAAUUUUAUGCUAUCCCAAAUCAGGAAUUUUAAAGCAAAGAGUGCCAAUGCACGAAGAUGGACCCUUGAUGACAAAAUCAUUGCUCUUUCCCUUUUCAAGAGGAGUCCCCGGUGCUAUAACCUCCUCAGAAAAUUUGCGGCCCUACCAAGCAAAAACACAAUAUUAAAGUUGUUGAAAAUGGUUCCGUUCAAAGUUGGAAUCAACGAAAGCAUUUUCAAUCAACUGAAUGAGAAUCUCCCCAAGGACAUACAUCAGAGAUGCUGUGCCCUUUUAUUUGAUGAAAUGGACAUCAAAGAAGGUGUCCAGUAUGAUAUGGGGGAAGACAAAAUCCUUGGUUUUGAGGAUUUUGGAGAUACUAAUUUCAGUAAAAGGCUUGCCACAAAAGCGUUAGUGUUCAUGCUGGUAGGGUUGGGUAAAAAUUGGAAGCAGCCAGUGGCCUACUAUUUCAGCCAUAGGGGUUGUAAUGCUGCAGAGUUGAAAAAAUGUCUAUUAGAAGUUCUCUCUGCAGCAAAACAUGUUGCCAAAGUGGACGUUGCUGUUACAGUCUGUGAUAUGGGUACAAGUAAUGUGAGGUGCAUCAAAGAACUUGGUGCUACUAAAGAAACACCUUUCUUUUUUUUUGAAAACUCAAAAGUUCAUUGCAUGUUUGAUCCACCUCACUUAUUGAAAUGUACCUAUUCUCUAUUUCGUAAGCACAAUGUUAGUCUUCCUGUAACCAUUGGCGAAACCAUCUUGAAUAAAGUUGCCAAAUUUCAGGAUGUCAUUGCAGCUUACGAAAUAGAUAAUAGAAAUACAAUCGUUUUCAGGACUUUAUGGAAAAUAAAAGCCACAUACCUGAAACCCAUAUUGCAGUAUGCAAUGAAGGUGAAUAUAGCUGCCAAAGUAAUGAGCCACACAGUUGCAGCAUACAUAUUUUCCUUGAUUAGUGCAGGGCAAAUGAACCCCGAGGCCAUUGGGACUGCUUCCUUCAUAAAAGAGGUGGACACACUGUUUGACAGUAUGAAUGGCAAGUCAGAUGAUGGUCCCUUUGGGAAAGAGCUGAAGGGUCCAUUGAGUGUCCGCUCACCCCACAUCCAAUAUUGGGAGGAGGAAUCACAAAGGAUUAAAAAGUGGAGCUUCAUUCGAUACACCAAAACUGGCACCCUGAAACAAUCCAUGCCACCUUCCCAAACAGGUUGGCUCCAAUCGAUCAAAGCUGUUCAAGGGCUCUGGGAGUAUUUGAGGGAAUUGGGUUUCAAAUCCCUCAAAACAAGAACUCUCAAUCAAGAUCCAUUGGAGAACCUGUUUGGACAAAUUAGGUAUGGUUGUGGAUGCAAUGACAAUCCUACAGUUCAGCAAUUCAUUGGAAGUUUGAAAACUCAACUUCUAAAUGGAUUGGUAAGCCAAAGCUUUCGUGGGAGAAAUUGUGAGAAGGACGACAAUGAACUUGUCUGUAAUUUGAAGUCAUUCCUCAAUAUUCCCCCUCAAAGUUUGGAAAGGGAAACUGUAGAAGAGGCUUCUCUGACUAAUGAAGCACCGCAAAUAUCAGUAGAGGUAUUGUCUGCUGAAAUUGCGGGAGAAGUUUCUUCUGGAAGCCCCAAGAUCCUGUCUGUGGCAUAUGUGGCUGGAGCCAUUCUUAAGGUGGUGAAAAAACACAUAUGCUGUUCCUUAUGUGAUUCUAUGCUCACAGCUUCAGAUUUAGAGCCACAAAAUUUAUUUAUAAUGAAUAAAGAGUGGUCUGAUCAAAGAUCGGUAUUACUGUACCCAAGUGAAAGCUACACUGUUUCUAUAGGUUGCGGAAUAACAGUGUUGGAGGAAUUUUUGGAUGAAUCCCCUUCCCAUCCUAAAGUAAAAGUGACUGCACUUGCGGUACUGUCUACCAUGAACUUUGAUCAUCUUGCAUGUUCUGAACAUAAAAGUCACAUAAGGGACAUAACGACAGCUGCUCUCUGUAGGAUUGGCAUUCCAUGGUGGUGCAGAAGGAAGUGUGAAGAGGUGAAAACGGAAGCUAAAACAAGAAGCAUGAACAAAAAAUUAAAAAAGAUAUUGCAUCAGUAAUGAAGCAUAUGUUGUUAUAAUUAUUGUUGUUAAAAUUCUGCUGUCCUAACAUGAAAGGUCCUAUCUGUAGAAUUUAAGUUUUGAGAAAAUCCGGGGUUUCUGUUUUUUUUCAUUGUAUAACAGAUAGUAUUUCAACAAACUCUCCAUGUUUUCAUUUAGAUAUAAUGUUGACGAACAGAACUAUUCCCGAUUAGGAGAUAUUGCAUUAUGUCCAUCACAUUCUGCAGAUAGGACCUUUCUUGUUAGCAAGGCAGACUUAUUGUUGUUAUAAUUAUUGUUAAAUAAAAAAUUA